AUGGAACCAGUCGUACCGCUUCAGCCUUCUGAACCAAUUACUGCACCUGGAACAGGUAUUGCUAACUUGCCUAAUCAAAGACAUAAAAUUGUAGCAAAGAAUGGUGCCAAUUUUACCUUGAUGGUCUGCGGAGAGAGUGGUUUGGGUAAGACGACCUUUGUGAACACGUUGUUUACAACGACGAUCAAGGAACCCAAGAAUUUGAACAGGCGACAUGUCAAGCCUCCUUCAAAGACUGUUCAGAUUCAAAUCACCAGAGCAGAACUGGAAGAAAAGAUGUUCAAGGUCAAGUUAACCAUUAUUGAUACACCUGGCUUUGGAGACUAUGUCAAUAAUAAACAUGGUUGGAUUCCUAUUGUUGAUUUCAUUGAUGACCAGCAUGAAAACUACAUGAGACAGGAGCAACAACCUUGUCGUAAGGGUGUUAUCGACAUGCGUGUUCAUGUUUGUCUUUACUUUAUUAAGCCUGCUGGCAAUACUCUAUCCCCACUGGACGUUGAGGUGAUGAAACGAUUAGGCUCUCGUGUUAACUUGAUUCCAGUCAUUGCCAAAGCAGAUACUCUCACACCUUCAGAUUUGGCUAAAUUUAAACAAAAUAUUUUGGAUGUUAUUGCAGCUCAAAAUAUUCAGUGUUACUCAUCUCCUAUUGAAAGUGAUGAUGAAGCUACUACAAAGCGUAAUAUGAACAUCAUGGCCGCUAUGCCCUUUUCUAUUAUUGGUUCUACUUUGGAUGUAGUCACUCCUGAUGGUCGGAAAGUGAAAGGAAGAGAAUAUUCUUGGGGAGUAGCUGAAGUUGAGAACGAUGAUCAUUGCGAUUUUAAGAAACUAAGAAGCUUAUUGAUCCGUACGCAUAUGCUCGAUUUGAUCACCACGACAGAAGAGAUCCAUUAUGAAAAUUACCGUCAAGUUCAAAUGGAAACUAGAAAAUUUGGUGAUCCAAGAGCUGAAAAAGAUGAAAAUGCAAAGUUUGCAGAAGAAGAAGAAAAGUUACGAAAGAACUUUACUGAGAAAGUAAAGGCAGAAGAAGCUAGAUUCCGUCAAUGGGAACAACAGCUUUUGGCUGAAAGAGAUAGACUUCAUAAAGAACUAGAGAUUCAGAGUGAACGCAUUAAAGAAUUGCAGUUUGAAAUUGAAUCUUAUUACACUCAAAGGGAUUCGCCAAGAAGCGUCAGAAAAUAAUAUAAUAAAUCCGCACACGGGAGAGGAGUUGUUGUCUUAAAAAUAAAACAAUAAAAAAAUCUUUCCUUUUUUUUUUU